UUUCCGGCUUCAGAAAAGGAGUUUGUUGUUGUUUUUAUUUGUUUACAGUAUAAUUUUUAAGCAAUGCCGUGACAGGUAUUUGAAAUGAUUAUUUUGUCAUCAAAAAUUACUAGAAAGCCAAGCUUCAAUGUGUUGAAAAAAGACUAGCGCAUUUUCUGUCUCAAGAACGAAGUAGAUGGAACCAACCUUAAGAUUGUAUGUACAUGUAGAAUGCAGAUGAAAUGGGUGAAUUAUCAAAAGACAUAUCUGUCAUUAGUGUAGUAUUGUUUAUAGGAGCAGGUGCAUUGGUAUUCUUCCUUUUGUUUAUUCUUGCAAAGAGACAAAUUAUAAGAUUUGCAUGGAAGGCAACUAGACCACCACAUGUUUCCAUUGGGCUUGAUGCACCAAAAGAUUUAAAAGAGAAGAUUUUAAGCCAACUGGAAAGGACAGCACAUAUUAGACAUGAACCAUUAUUACUGAACCCCAAGGUUUCAGAAAUAGCUAAAACAGUUCCUAAUCAUUAUUACUACAGAAUGAAAGCAGUAGAUGCCUUCUCUAAAUUUGAUGAAGUUCUAAAAGAAGAAGAACCAGAAUCUAUAGGCAGACAUCCAUCAAAGAAUGUUAGAAAAUAUCUGUUUGGUCUAUAUACAGAAUAUCUGAGUACGUCUUCUGAAGAUCUCAUUCAUAAAUUCUGUGAUUCAUAUGAACAUGCUAGACAUGAUCCUAACGACUUUGGUGAAGAUCAGUAUAAUAAUUACAUGUUGCUUUUAGAAGAACUUAUAACAUGUUUACGAGUGGGUCUCAGAAAGAAGCGUGGUAUGCCUUUAGAAAAAGCUUCUAAGCUUGAAACUGAGGUUAUAUUUGACUCGGAAAGGAAGGGUAUUGUAAAAACUAAGACAAAUGUUCAUCCUGAUAAAGCAGAAACUAAAGGAAAAAGUGGAACGAGACCUGGAGAAAUAAGAUACAGGUCUAGAACAGAUAGUAGUGUUCAUUCUAGUUUACUGGACAGUGGUCAUUCUAGUCAAAGUAGUGCUAGUAUAGAAUUAACUACAAGUACACGAGGUGGUAGCACUGAGAGAGAUAAUAAAGAUUCUCAACACAGGACUGAUACUGCUUGUUGAAUAAAAUUCUCCUCAGAUGACUAUGGUAUAUGAACACUUUUUGUUCGUUAAAGCUUUGAUUUACAUUGUUCUACUGACAUUUUGUAGUCCAGUGUAUCACUGUAUGUACUCUCUAAAUAGAAAAAAAAUAUUGCUAUUGAAACAUUAUUGGUGAUCUAUUUUGUUGGAACGCACCACAGUUUAUUUAAUACAAUCAUCUUUUUAAAAAAGCUUACCUGAGCCUAAAGGUCAAGUAAGCUUUUCUCAUCAAGUAAGCUUUUCUCAUCAAGUAGCAGACGUCAUUGUUGUCAUCCUUUAACUUUUAUAAAAAUCCUCUCCUCAGAACUACUGAGAAAAUUGAAUCCAAACAUGGCCACAAUCAUCAUUUGGAUAUUUUUAUGUCCCCGCUGCACACUAACUUUAGUUUGCCAUAACCAAAUGUUAUGAAACUUAUACACAAUGCUUUUUACCACAAAACACAGAUCAAGAAUGAAUUUGGGUGGCAUCACUUUUACUGUUCUAGAGUUAUGCCCCUUUACAAGUUUCCGAUCACUGUAUGUACUCUCUAAAUAAAAAAAAAAAUAUUGCUAUUGAAACAUUAUUGGUGAUCUAUUUUGUUGGAACGCACCACAGUUUAUUUAAUACAAUCAUCUUUUUAAAAAAGCUUACCUGAGCCUAAAGGUCAAGUAAGCUUUUCUCAUCAAGUAGCAUC